AUGGCGCCGGGUCCGAGGCUGGUGCUGUCUGAGGAGAAGGUCCGGGAGCGCAGCGGCCUGGGGCCUCACCGCGAUCUGGCUGAGCUUCGGUCGCUGUCUAUCCCUGGAACGUACCAAGAGAAGAUCACCCACCUUGGAAACUCUCUGAUGCGUCUGACAGUCCUGAAGUCUUUGGAUCUCUCUCGCAACUCCUUGGUUAGUCUAGAGGGCAUCCAGUACCUGAUCUCCUUGGAGAGUCUCAACCUCUACUACAACUGCAUCGCGUCCUUGGCGGAGGUGUUUCGGCUGCACUCCCUCACAGAGCUCCAGGGCCUGGACCUCCGGCUGAACCCUGUCGUGAAGAAUGAGUCUGACUACCGCCUGUUCUUGGUGCACAUGCUCCCCAAGCUGCGGCAGCUGGAUGACCGUCCUGUCAGAGACAGUGAGCGGAAGGCCUCCCUGCUGCCUUUUGCCUCAGAGGACUCGCUGGACUCAAAGGAGAGCUUCCCAGCUGCCUUAAAGGUCGGAAGACCACACCACUCCAGGGCCAGGUGCACUGACCCCUCAGCCAGGAAGUGCUUGGUCAUGGAUGCAGAUGACGAGGCGGUCCUGACCCUCAUUGCUGAGUGCGAGUGGGACCUAAGCAACCCCCCUGGGGGCUUGAGCUCCAGCCAGAAGGAGCGUGAGGCUGACCACCACCACAGCCAAGAAUCCAGAUGUCUGUUGAACCCUCCGUCCAUCCAGCACCAGUGUGGGGACUCUGCAAGGAGGGGCCACGAGAACAAGAAAGGCAGCUCCAGAGGCUGCUGUUCAGAGCAGCCUCCUCAGGACCAGCACUGUGGGGAGUCUCCCCCACCGCACGGAGACCCUGAGGCCUGCCGCACACACGGGCUGCACGCCCACUCCACCCCGCACCCAGCCUCCACGGACAUCGAGGGCUCUGUGUCCUCUUCUCAGAAGUCGGCUCUGUCCUCACAGAAAACAUUAGAUUCUUUGCCUGUUGCUGACAAGUUCAGGAAGAGGAGGGUGCCUGGUGGGAGGUUCCAAGCGCCUUCCGACUGGGAGUGUCUGAGCUGCCUGGAGAGGGCCAGUGGGCCCUGCCGCCUGCAGGGGGGUCCCAGCGGACAGGACAGCUCUGAGGGCAGGAGCCAGAGUGCCUUUCCCCAUUCUGAGGCCUCGGAGGCAGAAGAGCAGACACCUCGCGGCACAGGCGACGCUGGAGUGCCGUCUCCCAGACCACACUCAGUAGCUCCCCCUGGGAAAAGGGCUGUGCUGGAGUGGGCGCUCCUGGAAGCGCUCCUGGACCUGGUGGACAGGCACUGGAGUGGCUGCAAGUCCCUGCACAGCAACCAGGCCUUCCUCGCUCAGGCAAGGCACAUUUUGUCAUCUGUUCAAGAGUUUGCAGCAGCUCAGGACAGUUCAGAACUUGGGAAUGAAGAAAUCAGCUACCUGGCCCUUGAAAAUAAAUCCCUGCAAAGCCGCCUGGCUGAGCACCAGCAGCAGUACACCACAACGCUGAGCGAGGUGACGUCGCAGCUCAGCAACACACGCAGAGAGAUGGAUACCUUGAGACAACAUUUGGACAAGUCUUUGGAGGAGAAUAGUAGCUUGAAAUCUCUCUUAUCCAGCAUGAAAAAAGAAGUGAAGAGUGCAGAUGCUUCAGCUGCACUGAAUUUGCAGAUCUCUGGACUCCAGGCGAGUGUGAAGCGGCUUUCUGGUGAGGUGCUGGAGCUGAAGCAGCACUUGGAGCACUAUGACAAGACCCAGGAGCUCACCCAGAUGCUGCAGGAGAGCCACAGCUCCCUGGUCAGCACCAACGAGCACCUGCUGCAAGAGUUGGGCCGGGUGCGGGCACAGCACAGGGCUGAGGUGGAACAGAUGCACUGGAGCUUCCAGGAGCUCAAGAAGACCACGGCCCUAUUCCCGCCCCGCAGCGCCAGUCUUGGUGGCCGCCAGUCCUGCUGAUGCUGCCCAGAGCCGUGAUUUCUUUCACUGUCUGUCACAGCCUCAUGGUUUGCACCUUUGUCUUUCUCUACCUUCAUUUGCUGGUGAGAUCUGUCUCUUCUGUUUGUAAUUACCUUAUGAUUCUUGAAAGGUAUUCAGGGUUUAUAGUUCAGCUUUCUAAAAUGUCCUAAAAUGAUAGGAUGAAUCCUAGGCCUUUGCAUGUUAGGAGACAAAAACCAUGUUUGCAUCAAAUAUCCUAAGAUGAAGUAAAUGCAGUUUUUCUUCCUAACAUAAGAGAUAUCUAUGUAUAAUAAUUAAGAUGGUAACCUUUUGUGUGACAAGCCUUCCUCAAUAAAACUCAUGUUGUUCUGAAAAGUUAA